GUUCUACCAUAUAUCCAUCAUAGUAUUUCUAAGUCAUGCACCAAGCUUUACAAAACCUCGAAGUAAUAUCCACCAUUAGUUCAUACGUGGAACACAGAUCACUUCCUGCACUUGCAUCUACAUGCCGUGCGUUUGCUCACCCAGCGCUUAAUGCCCUGUGGCGGGAUCUGCAGUCCGCGAAGCCCCUUGUCAAAUGUCUACCGAGUGACCUAUUUGGUGUUGACCGAGGAGGCAGUGCGGUAUUACGGAAACCUCUUGACGAUAGGAUGUGGCAUACUCUUUUCAAGUACACAUCUCGCGUGCACUCAAUCAUUGUAUCAGACGACACUGAAGUUAACGGCCCCCUUUGUUUACUCGCAAUUAAUAUUUCUUGUUUUUCCGCACCUGAAUCGUUGUUUCCGAACCUCCACAGAUUAAAAUUGCGUGCCAGUGGAACCCUCUGCGCUGCAGAGGUCUUGCGCAUGGCGUUCGUCCCUUCCCUAGUGGAGUUGAACAUGGAGAUUUCUUCAGCUUCCUUCGCCUAUCUCUCGGUCCUUUCCUCUCUCGGGACAUUUUGUCCUCACCUCCAGAACAUGACUAUGAACUUUGGAUUUUCGAGCGACACAUCAUCACCUAAAGUUUCACCCUUCAUCACACGAUCUAUUUCUCAGCUUCACCAUCUCCGUACGUUGUCGGUAUCGGACCUAGGAGUCCAAGGCAUCAAGCAUUUGACGGAGCUACCAACUCUGCAGUCGCUGAGCUUGCACUUGACAAUGCUGUCAGCUUGGGAGACAAAGUCGGAUUCAUCAUUCCCCGGCUUCCAUAAUUUGCAUUUUUUGGGCCUUUUCACUCUUACAAUCAAGCAAGCCUCAAACUUUUUGAACUCACUUCAGUUCGUCGAAUCCAAAGAAAUAGAAAUCAAGGUUGACCUCACGUUCGCGUUUGACGAUGAAUGCACGUCGAUGCCCGAGUUCUUCGCCAUCGUCAGGGAGAAAUGCGAUAACACAAAGCUUGAAUCCAUCAGCUUCCAUGGACUUUGUUCUAAACAGUCGCACACAAGACUUCGGGGCGUCUUCACACCAUUGUACGCAUGCUGCAAUCUAACUCGACUGCUUAUUGGAGACCUUUGCUACAUUUCCAUGUCCGAUGAGGAGCUGGGACAGCUGGCGAAAGCCUGGCCUAAACUUCAAGUGCUCCAGAUCAAAUGCUAUGCCUCCGAAAACACCACGAUACCGACAUUCCAUGGGUUGAUCAAUUUACUUCGGCGCUGUCCUGCUUUGACUUCGCUCGCUCUUGUCAUCAAUGUCACCCAGUUGAAUGGCAUAGAUCUCAAGAGUCCCGGCGGCGGGUGCUCCAAUCAGCGUCUCACAUCUUUCGCCCUCGGGCGUUCACUCAUCCAGGCCCCCGUAGAUGUGGCUCUCAUCACAAGCGGCCUUUUCCCCAACUUGAAGAAAGUCGAUUUUUGGGAUACGAGCCUCCCGAAGUUGCAGCCCCGAAAGGAGUGGUUGAAACAACAGUUGGAACGGUGGGAAUUAGUCAAUAAAAUCAUUGGUGGCUUUAGCCUCGUAAAGGAGCGGUGCAUUGAAACAUGGUCUGACCGCUAGGCCAUGCUUGAAACAUCGCCCACACUUUUUGAUCAUACACGAAUGUACAGAGUAGUACUUACAGUAUGUGCGGCUGCGCGUAAAUAAUGCCAUAUUUCUCUCAUUUUAAAUACGAACUUUCGGUGAUUCAUGGCGCAGACCCCAUGUGCCCAGGCGAUGGGUUGCACCUCAUUGCGUUGCGUAGCAGUUCGCCGAUAUUGGUCAGCCCC